AUGAUACCUCUUGCAAGUUCAAAAGGUAGUGCAAAUUUAGGGGGUGCGCCUACUGCUGCUGCGGCUGCUGGUGGUAGUGAUGAUGCUAAAGCCUGCUCAUAA